AUGCUGCAAGAUAAACCUGGGCUUGGUACAUUGAUGAAAGACAAACUUGUGGAGAAUGAAAUUACGAAAGAUAAAUAUGUGAAAAUUAUAUGCAUGAAAACCAAGCAUGUAGAAGGUAAAGCUUUCGAAUCUUUGGAAGAUAAGUCUAAAGAAGACGAACAUGUAGAAGUUGAACUUGUGAAAGAUAAAUUUGUAGAAGGUGGUGAUAUGGAAGUUGAGCUUGUUGAUAUAGAAGGCGAAGUUAGUGAAGCUAUAAUAUGGAAG